AUGAAACCUAGUGAAUCGGACGUAGAUAUUGAACAGCAAGUACAAACAUUGCCGUUAAAAAUAAUGUCUCCAUCACCGACUACGCAACAAGAAACAUCACUACCAUCGAUUGAACUAAAUGGACUUUUCAAUGGACAUUCAACAAAUUAUGAUGAAGAAACAAAAAUAGCGACAAAAUUAAAAAUAGACGAUAAUUCUGAUAUUGAUAAUAAAAAUCGAAAAAAUUCAGAUUAUGAUGAUGAUAAUAAUAAUGCGAGUACGUUAUCGAUCGAUGCUUCAGACACAGCGACUAUAUCUCCGUCAUCUUCUUCGACUACUACAGCGACGACAUCAGCUACAAAUGGUACAAAUGAUAAUUUAGUUUUAUUACAAGAAAUAUCAUUUAAUAUUAGGAUACAAGCGCCACAAGUAGAUAUAUUUGAUUUACCAGUGACAUCAAGUGAACUUGUACAAGAAAUUCAUCAAGUGUUAAUGGAUAAAGAAGAAACGUGCCAUCGAACAUGUUUUUCUCUACAAUUAGACAAUGUUGUAUUAGAUAAUUUUACAGAAUUAAAAAAUAUUGAAUAUUUAAAAGAAGGAAGUUUAUUGAAAGUAGUUGAAGAGCGAUAUACUGUCCGUGAAGUUCGCAUUCAUGUUCGUCAUAUAAACGAGUUAAUUCAUGCUUGUGAUCCUGUUGAUUUGUAUUAUGGUACAAAUGGUUAUUCAUUAUCUGUCGUGAACGAUAUUACAAAUGGAGAUAUUACAUCGUCACCUUCAUCAAAUUCGAAUGAACGACGUUCUCAACGUCUAGAUUCAUCACAAAAAUCAGAUUUAUUAAAUUCAUCUUCUUCAUCUUUAAAUGGAGUUGAAUUUAAUGUACCUGAAUAUUUAUUACCAAAUCAAAAAGAUAUUUUAUUAACAUCAUUAUUUACUACAAAUACAAAAAAUAGAGCGUUACAGUGUCUCAAAGUAUUAUCGUAUAGUGGAUGGAAUCCUCCAACAGGAUCUCGAAAAUUACAAGGUGAUUUAAUGUAUUUACAAGUGACAACAUGUGAAGAAAAAGCAUUUCAUAUAACAGCUUGUACCAAAGGCUUUUUUGUUAGUCAAACAACUGAUGAACGAUUUAUUCCAAAACCUGUACAACCAAAACAAAUUUAUCAUUCUCUAGUUGAUUUAUUAAAUAGUAUUAGUCCAAUUUUUAAAAAAAAUUUUUCAUUAAUUCAACGUCGACGAUGUACAAAACAUCCGUUUGAACGAAUUCAGAUUCCAUAUCAAAUUCAUCCAUGGUUAUCACCACGUUUUGAACAUACAGUAGAUUAUUUUCGAGCUGAAGAUGCUAAUAUCAAUAAAUUGGGUCAUGAAGAUCACAUACCCGGUCAAGUUCGUGAUUGGAACGAAGAAUUACAAAUAACAAAAGAAUUACCAAAAAAAAACUUACCAGAACGUUUAGUUCGAGAACGAGCAAUGUUUAAAGUUCAUUGUGAUUUUAUCUCAGCUGCUGUACGUGGAUGUCAAGCGGUUGUAGAUGGAAAUAUAAUGGCAAUAAAUCCGGGAGAAGAAUCAAAUCUUGGUUUUGAUGUUAAAGAUCAUUAUAAAGAUUUUGGUGGUGAUGCAGCUGCGCAUGUGGCACCAACAAAUGAUUUACAAGGUGUUCGAGCAAUAAAAUCGUUGGAUAUUGAUGGUUUACAUACACUAGGAACGGUUGUCGUCGAUUAUAAAGGUUUAAGAGUUACAGCACAAUCCAUUGUACCAGGUAUCUGGAUAAUGUUGUUAUUAAGACGUUAUUUAAAAGUUCUAAUUUUUCUAUUCUUAUUUUUAUGGAUAUUAAUUUUAAUUUUCAUCUAUUUUCCCAUAUCAAAAUCUCAAUUUUCUAAUGAACAUCGAAUCUAUUUAUCAAUUUUAAAUGAAUUACCAAAAAUUGAAUAUUUAUUACGUUCAAAACAAUCAAAUUUAACAUUAAUACAAAAACAAUUAAUUAAAAUUGAAAAAUAUUUAAAUAAAUAUACUUUACAAUUAAAUCGAUUAUUAAAAACAAUUGAUUCUACAAAAUUGAAUCAAAAACAAAAUGAUAUAUAUUUUCCUGAAAUAAAACAUUUUUUAAUAAAACAAGAUACAAAAAUAUUUUUAGUCUAUUUUGAAUCAAUAUUAGAUUUAAUGAACAAUACAAAUGAUAUAUUAGAUUUAAAAAUACUUAGUCAAUUUUAUUUAAAAUUAAAAAAUGAUAUACCCUAUAUAACAUCUAUGAAAGAACAUGCCUAUUUAAAUUUAGUUUAUUUACCAAUUAAAAUAAAAUAUUAUUCAAUAGAAUUAUGUGAAAAAUUAUUAAAAAUUUCAUUUUCAAAUAAAAAAUAUUUAUUUUUCUAUGAAUUUAUUUUUGAUAAUAAUAUAAUAAAUGAAAAUAUAAAUUAUUCAUGUUUUAAUGAUUAUUCAAAUAUAUUUUUUCCUAUUCGAUUAUUUUCUAAUGAUAAAAAUGAGAAUAAUGAUGAUACAAUGAAUUUAUAUUUUACUGAUGAACGAUCACAUACAACGGCAAUUAUUUAUUUACGACAACAACAAACAUUGUUUGAUAAUGAUAAUAAUUUUAAUUAUUUUGAACAAGAAAAACAAAAACUUGAUUAUCGUUUAAAAAUAAUUGAUACCUGUUUUGACUAUAAAUGUCAAAAAUUAUUAUUAAACAAAGCAUUUAAAUUAAAAAUGUUUUAUUUUAUUAUUCUAUGUUCUCAAAUCUAUAAUCAACUAUUACAAUUUCAAUUUUUAGACAUUUUCUUUUACUUAGUAUCACAUCGAAUUAUUCCAAUUUUAUCAUCAUCUUGUUAUGAUUAUUUACCUUAUAAAACUGUUAUUCAUUGGCAUAAACAUCUUCAAUCAUCAUCAUUAAAUAUACUUUACAAUUCAUAUUUUAAUACAUUUGAUAAACGUUUAUUAACAUUUUUAUCGUAUAUUAGAACGGAAAAAUUAUUACCACCAUUAUCAUAUCCCUAUGUUGAUGAUAAAUCAUUAUAUGUAGUAGAAUAUUCUCGACAAUUAAAUUUUUCUACAAUGCCCAGUUAUUCACAAUUAGAUUUGAUUAAUUUUAAUUAUAACUAUCAAUCAGUGUCUACAUUAAGUGUUUAUGAUCAAUGGAACAGAUAUUAUCAACCAUUUUACAGUUUUAAAUCUGUUCCAUUUGAUGAAACAAUUCGUUCUCAUGAACAAUAUACAAUUAUUCUCUUAACAACUAAACAACGUUUCUAUCAAUUAAUUCGAUCAUUAUUAAGUUUAAAUGGAUUACCAAAUUUAAAUCGUGUUAUUGUCUUAUUUAAUAAUAUUGAUAAUAGUUCAAUAUUUAAUCAAACUUUAUUAAUAAAUGAAACAGAAAUAUAUUUAAAAUAUUAUCUUGAUGAUUAUUGGCAAUAUUUACCAAAAUUACAUGUACCAAUUAGUUAUAUAUUUAAUUUAAAAAAUAAUUUAAAUAAUCGAUUUUUAACAUUUCAAAAAUAUAUUCAAACAGAUUGUAUUUUAUCAUUAGAUGAUGAUAGUUUUUUAAGACAAGAUGAAAUUGAAUAUGGUUUUCGAGUAUGGUUAGAAAAUCGUGAUCGUUUAAUUGGUUUUAUAUCUCGUUCUCAUUCCAAACAGUAUAUCAAUUCUUCUUCAACAUUAUAUUCUUAUAAAUAUGAAACAAAUUUAAAAUCUUGUACAUAUUCAAUGAUUUUAACUGGUGCUUCUUAUUAUCAUCGUUGGUAUUUAGAAUUUUAUUCAUUAUAUAUGUCUUCAUCUAUUCGUUCAUACAUUACUCAAAAUAUGAAUUGUGAAGAUUUGGCAAUGAAUUAUUUAAUAACAUAUUUAAGUCAAAAAUCACCAUUAAAAAUAACGGGAAGAACAUCAUUUAAAUGUUCAAAAUGUCAAGAAAGUUUAUCAUUAAGAGAACAUCAUUAUGAUAUAAGAUCAAAAUGUUUAGAUUAUUUUACACAUAUUUAUGGUUAUAAUCCAUUAAAAUAUUCAAUUUAUAGAGCUGAUAGUUUACUUUUCGGUGUACAACAAUCACAACAACAACAACAACAGACAAAUUGUAUACUUGAAAAAGAACAAGAACAAAGUGUUGUUUAUGGUUCAACUGAUUUUGGAAAAACUUGUACAACAAGUGAAAAAUAUCGAGAAUUGUUAGAAAAAGUAGCAUCAUUACUUAAAAUAAAACCACAUUCAAUCAAAACUGAAAAAGGAGAAUCUAUUGAAUUAUAUACAGCUGUUGAAUGUAAAGGAAUUAUUGGAAAUGAUGGAAGACAUUAUCUACUCGAUUUAUUACGAAUGAUGCCACCCGAUCUCAACUAUUUGAUAGUUGAAAAUGAACAAGUGUCGUCUGCUCUGCAACAAUUGGGUUAUCCAAAAUCAUUUUCACAUCGUCUAUGUUGUUUACGUCAAGAAUUAAUUGAUGCAUUUAUAGAACAAAAAUAUGUCGACUUUUAUCGUUCAAUUGCGUUGAAUUUAUCAAAACUAAGAACAAGUGAGCUUCUAACAAAUGACACAUCAUCGGAACAACGAAAUAAUGUUGAAGAAGCAAAACGAAUUGUGAAUGAAAUUAGUGUCGAAGAUAAUAGUCGUGAAAUAAUUCUAUCAGCUUGUCGCUCAAUUGGUUCAGUUAAAGAAAAUGAAUUUGAUGUUCGAUUUAAUCCAGAUUUAUUCCAACCACAUGUCAUAUUAAAUCAAACACCUGCUGAAACAACAGCUGAUAUUAAAUUAUUGAAAGAAGCUGGUGAAUAUCUUUUAUUGAAACAAAUUCCAAUGAUGAUUCAAGAUUUUCGAGAUCAUUCAACUGUGCCAGUCGAUGGUGAAAGUUUGUCAGAAGCAAUGCAUUCAAGAGGUAUCAAUAUUCGAUAUCUUGGACGUGUAGCAGAUUUACUUAGUCAACAAUCAUCAUUAGAAUAUGUCUAUGAAAUUGUUGUUACUGAAAUACUAUGUCGUUGUACAAAACACAUCUUUCGUUCUUACAUUCAAACAGUACCUGCUCAUUUAACAGCCUAUUCAAUUAGUCAUUUUCUCAACUGUCUCCUUACUACAACUACAACUGCUAUAGUAGAAAAUCUAAGCGAUGAUCUAUCAACAAAUACGCAUACAAAUGGAACAACAAAUGGAAACGGCAACGGGCACACAUCAGCAACAUCAACACAAAAGUCCACAAAUAAAAAGAAAAAUAAAAAGCAACAACGAAAACAUAGUCCAAUUACAUCCCAAACUGAUUCAUUAGAUUUUUCAUCAUUAACAUCGAAAACUCUGUGGAUACAAUUGUCAAAUGAAGCUAAAACAAGAUAUAGUUUUGAUUUAAACUGUGAUGACAUUGAUAGUUUUCAAGAGCAUUAUCACGUUCGUCGUACAUGUAUACUACGUUCGUUUUGUCUUAAAACUGGACUACAAUUAUCAUUAAGAGAUUAUCAAUUUGAUUCGAUGACGUCAACAACACCAACAACAACAAAAAAUAUUUUAUCAAAUUCACCUACAAUCCCGUGUUUCAACGAAGAUGAUAUUAUUAAUUUAUAUCCAGUUACUAAACAUGUUGCACCAAAACCGAGUGACGCUUAUCAAUUUUUUACCACUGGUCAAUCAAAAAUUCAACAGGGUUUAUUACGUGAAGGUUAUGAAUUAAUAUCGGAAGCGCAUAAUCUUUUGAAUAAUGUCUAUGGUCCAAUGCAUUCAGAAAUUAGUAUGUGUCUAAGAUUAUUGGCACGAUUAAACUAUAUAAUGGGUGAUUAUCAAGAUGCACUUAGUACCCAACAUAAAGCUGUUAUGAUGUCUGAGAGAGUACUUGGUAUUGAUCAUCCACAAACAGCCACAGAAUAUAUUCAUAUGGCAUUGUAUUCAUUUGCUAAUGGACAUUCAACCAAUGCUUCAAAAUUAUUAUGUCGAGCAAGAUAUAUUAUUUUAGCUUGUUGCGGAGAAAAUCAUCCACAAAUUAGUUUGAUUGAUAGUAAUCUUGGCUUGAUACUGCAAUCACACGGAGAUUAUGAUAAUGCAUUGAAAUUUAUGGAGAAAUCAUUAGAAUUAAAUAGGAAAUUUUAUGGUGGUAAAAGUUUAAAAGUAGCUUUAUCUCAUCAUUUAUGCGCGCGAAUUCAAUCGUGUCGUGGCGAUUUUCGUUCAGCGUUAAAUAGCGAACGUGAAGCAUAUCAAAUUUAUAAAUUACAGCUUGGCGAUGAUCAUGAACGCACACGUGAAAGUGCUCAAGUAUUAAAACAUUUAACCGAACAAGCUGUAGUAUUACAAAGACGAAUGAACGAUGUUGUUAAAGGACAAUUGAUUUUGUUUCCAAGUAUAACGAUACAACAACCAAGUUUUCAAAAUGUACUUGAAAUGUUAAAUGUUGUGAAUGGCAUAUUGUUCAUUCAAAUCAGAGAAAAAGAUUUGGAUUUAUUGCGUGAAGAAUUAUCUAAACAAUCAUUAGUGGAAGAACAUCAACAACAAGAAGUGCAACAUUUAUCUUCACCAGCCAUUUUGGCAGCGAACAAAGCGGCAGCACUAAUGAAUGAAAUUGAUUGA